GAACAUGCAAGGGCUCCAGGAGUCCAGGAUAUGGAGAGUGUUCAGCCUUGUUGAGCUGGCACACAGGACAAGUUUUCACAAACUCAAUUACAUCCUGCUUCAUACCGUGUCAAUGGAACACCAAUUGAACUCUCUGAUAAGUAGCUUUUUCUCGAGAGUGCCCUUCCAAUUCAGAGUUACGAAAAGUCUAGUAUUUCUUGUCUGAGAGAAGUACCAGUUCCAGUUACCACCUUAUGAAAUCUCAGUAUUCCAUUUUUGAAAGUGUAAGCAGAAGUGCUGUCCUUCUCCACAGUGCAAGCAACAUUUAACUCCUUUAUCUUAUUAUCCUGGCUGUAGCUUUUGAUUACUUCUUUAACCCAUGUAGGCACAACAGCAGUAGCAGUGAGUAUAGAAACCAUGUGUUUAGCUCUUGAUAAGGCAUCAACAGCCCAAUAACUUCAACAACAAUUUAUGCUGAAUGCCUUCUGUGAUCUUCUACUCCUCUAUAUACUUGAGGCUCUCCUGAUCAGUUCUUAUGACCAGAGCAGUAGCUAAGUAGUUUUUCCAUUUUUUUACAGCUUCAAUGAUUGCCAAAGCUUCUUUGUCAUAUGUAGACAUAGCAGCUGCCUUGGGCCCAAUGGACUUACUGAAGUAAGAGAUUGGCCUACCCUCCUGCAUCAACACAGCUCCCAGAGCAUAUCCACAAGCAUCAGCCUCCAAAAUGAAGGGCCUGGUGAAGUCAGGGAGGGCUAGUACUGAGCCGGAUGUGUUGCUGAGACUGCCUGCUCUUCGCGGGCAACACCGACGGCACCAUCGAUCCUUCCGAGCGCUUCAAGGUGCAAUGGUGCGUGCAGGGAGAAGCUCAACUCCAUGGACCUGCUGCAGUACAUGGCGCCGGUGGCCGUGGUGCUGCUGGUGCCGGCAACGUUGAUGAUGGAGCCGGACGCGCUCGGCGCGGCGGCGGCGCUCGCCUGGGAGGACCCCAGCUUCGUGUGGAUGCUGAUCGGCAACUCCUCGCUGGUCUACCUGGUGAACCCGACCAACUUCCUCGUCACCAAGCACACCAGCCCGCUCACCCUCCAGGUCCUCAGGAACGCGAAAGGGGCGGUCGCCGUCGUGGUCUCCAUCAUAUUCAAGAACUCGGUGACCGUCAUGGGGAUGCUGGGCUACGGGGUGACCAUCGCCGGCGUGGUCCUGUACGGCGAGGCCAAGAAGAGGAGCAAGUGAACUGCACCGGCAUGGGGAACAAGACCUCAGAAGAUAUGCUGACUGUCAUAAUGAUCUUUCGCUGGAGCUCUGGCAGAGUCCUGAUGAUCCGUCUUUUUGGAGGUCAAGUAACUUCAUGGAAGAAUGACUAUGGCGAGGAGUUGCUUUUUGUUAGCAGCAAGGCUAAUUUCAAGCCCCCAAAAGCGUUUCAUGGUGGGAUACCCAUUUGCUUUCCCCAGUUUGGAACUCAGGGAAAUCUUGAGCAACAUGGAUUUGCAAGAAAUCGGCUUUGGGCUAUUGAUGAUAACCCACCCCCUUUACCAGUAAAUCCUGCAAUUAAAGCUUUUGUUGAUCUUAUUCUGAAGCCUAGUGAAGAUGAUUUAAAGAUGUGGCCACACAGUUUUGAGUUUCGCUUGAGAAUUGCUCUUGGUGCUGGUGGAGAUUUGGGUCUCACGUCUCGAAUCAGGAAUACCAACACUGAUGGAAGACCUUUUUCUUAUACAUUUGCAUAUCAUACAUACUUCUCUGUUUCCGACAUAAGUGAAGUACGUGUAGAAGGGCUGGAAACAAUGGACUACCUUGACAACAUGAAGGGAAAGCAGCGUUUCACAGAGCAAGGAGAUGCUAUUGUAUUUGAAUCAGAAGUUGAUAAGGUAUAUCUUGCUGCACCCUCGAAAGUUGCAAUUAUUGAUCAUGAGAUGAGAAGAACAUUCGUCGUGGCAAAAGAAGGACUUCCAGAUGCUGUUGUUUGGAACCCUUGGGAUAAGAAGGCAAAAGCUAUGCAAGAUUUUGGGGAUUCAGAAUACAAGCACAUGCUUUGUGUGGAGCCUGCAGCUGUUGAGAAGCCAAUUACCCUCAAGCCUGGCGAAGAGUGGAAAGGAAGGAUUGGGCUCUCAGCUGUUCCUUCCAGCUACUGUAGUGGGCAGUUAGAUCCAUUAAAGGUCCUUCAUGGUUGAGUUCUCACUUCUGCCUCUUGUACAGAAGCACUUCAUUGCCCUUACUAUUUGAUGCUGGGCUGACUUGGGCAUUGCCUUGAUCUUUCUUCCUUGCUAUUUUCACCAUCCUCUAUAUUUUGCCCUUUUUGUAUCUACAAGUGAGUAGUAGGGCAGUUCUAAAAUAACAGGCAAUGUCAGUUGUUUUUAGCCUAGAGCAGGUCAACUCGUCCGUAAUUGAAUCCAUCAGUCAACAAAUACUUUUUCGUGUGAUUCAGUGGCCAUACUAAGGGAUGUUACUAUGUGGUGCAGUUAUACUGUUAAUCUGCCAUGUAUGGGAAGAACUCGGUUACACUCCAA